UGACUGAAUGACUAACAACAGAAGCAUAAGACAAUAUAAUAUUGAUAUUUUAAUAUUGCCUAAAUCUUUUAGUAUAUCUAGAGUUUCUCUUGAAUUUUCCUUGAAAACAACUCUGAAUUCUAUCUACUUUGUUCUUUCUAUCCAUUUCUACUAAGUAGUAGUUGAAAGUCACCAUGAAAUUGGAUGAGUCACCAAAGGAGAUAAUAAUAAUAAUAAAAAGAUAAGUAAGGUCAAAGAGAAAAACAUUAUGAUCACAUAUAUUUAAGAGUUUGGAAUAUAGAAGAAACAUAUCAAAUGUGAAUGCUUACCUUAAAAAUGAGAUGCCCAAGAAGUAAAUUCACUGAUCUCACUUUGCUAUGACCUAACCCAGAUGGUCUUUAUGAUCUGCAAUUUUCUGAUGCCAAUGUAGGCAGUUGUGAUGUUCUGGACUCUGGGGCUCAUUCUCAGUUUAGUCAGUGGAACACUUUCCAAUCGUUUAGGGUUCUUCUUGUACUAGCCAUUCUUUGCACUGGAAUGCUUUCUCAAAGACUCCAAAAUAUUGUCCUUUGCUUUUCACAUGUGAUAAGAUUAGCGUACGAUUCUGGCUUCUCCAUUAAGUUCUAAGGUCCUUGAAGCAAUCUUUGCCAUAUAUGAAUAAAAAUGGGUAAGUUGCGCUUUUCCCAUAUUUAUGCUUUUGCCUCAAGAACUAACAAAGCUUCUAGCACAUCAAAUAUGAGCUUAAUUGCCUGUUAAAUAGUUAAACCCUAGGUGUUUGGGUAUGGUGCUGGGACUGGAGAGGAUGGGCACUUCAUAAAUGACUUACUUCUUAGAAUGAGUGUCAAGGGCUCAUUGUCAGCUACCCCCACGGAUCAACAGGGAUGUUUUACCUGCAAUGUACUGCCUAUCUCUGGAUUUGGUAAACCCAGGUAUUGACACAACAACUACAAGAGUCAAAAGUAGUGGCUUAAAAAGAACAUUAUACACAGCAUUUCACUAUUAAUUCUGGAUUCCUCUCCCCUUUCCUGCUGAAGGAUCCAUGAGAGAAGACAACCAAUCCUCUACCUUCAAUUUCAUCCUCCUGGGAGUUAGCAGUCAGCAGGAAGAAGAAGAUGUCUUCUUCAUCCUCUUUCUGUUCAUUUAUCCCAUCACAUUGAUUGGAAACCUGCUCAUCAUCUUGGCCAUUCGCUUUGAUGCUCGCCUCCACAACCCCAUGUACUUUCUCCUUGCCAACCUCUCCUUCGUUGACAUUUUCUUCUCCUCUGUAACCAUCCCUAAGGUGCUGGCCAACCACCUCCUGGGCAACAAAGCCAUCUCCUUUGGAGGAUGCCUAACACAGAUGUGUUUCAUGUUAGCUCUGGGUAACACAGAUAGUUACAUCCUGGCUGCUAUGGCCUAUGAUCGAGCUGUGGCCAUCACCCGUCCACUUCAUUACACAACAAUUAUGAGCCCACGGACCUGUGUCCUGCUAGUCACUGGGUCUUGGGUGGUUGGAAAUGCCAAUGCCUUCCCGCACACUCUGCUCACAGCUAGCCUGUCCUUCUGUGGAAACCAGGAAGUGGCCAACUUCUACUGUGACAUUGCCUCUUUGCUCAAGUUGUCCUGUUCUGACAUCCACUUUAAUGUGAAGAUGAUGUACCUGGGGGCUGCUGUUUUCUCUGUGCCAUUACUAUGCAUCAUCAUCUCCUAUGUUCGGGUCUUUUCCACAGUCUUACGUGUUCCCUCUACUAAAGGUGUGCUCAAAGCCUUCUCCACCUGUGGUUCCCACCUCACAGUUGUUUCUCUGUAUUAUGGGACAGUCAUGGGCAUGUAUUUCCGCCCUCUGACUAGUUACAGCCUAAAGGACGCUGUGAUAACUGUGAUGUACAUUGCAGUGACCCCAAUGUUAAACCCUUUCAUCUAUAGUCUGAGGAAUCAGGACAUGAAGGCUGCCCUGGGGAAACUAUUCAGCAGGAGAAUCUUCUCAUAACCAAUGUGAGAUAAUGUUAGAGACUGCACCAAACCAAUUAAAAUAUACUUGAAAAGUCAGCCUUAAUAUUCUCCCCCUUCAAGUCACCUUAUUCUAUACAGACAUUAAAUUUCUUUUCUCAGAAAUCUGGUAACAGUUUGAUGAGACAUGCUAUUAUCCAUUUAUACAUGUAAUUGCUCCUUUUGGCAGAGUGGCAGGAAAGUUAUUAGAUCCUGUUCCAAGGAGGCUACUGACUAGCAGAGUAAAGUUGAGAAUGUCUGUUGUUGUUGUUUUAUUUAUUUUUUUUUCCAUUUAUUUUUAUUAGUUGGA